GAACACUCGCCUUUUCACUAUUUGGCAACUCUCUCUCACUCUCCCGUAAAAAGAGUCAUUUGGGAUAAAUACACCGGGGUAUCAGAAACGCAAGUGAACCAGAGUGAACCAUUUAGUGUAAAGACUUUAGUGAAGGAUAAACCAUCAUGCUGGGAACAAAACUACUGCUGGUGUUCGUAACAGUAGCGGUGGGACCUGCUAUAGCCGGCUAUCCUAAAGUGACACCAACCGUAGGGGAAGUAUGGCCCCACCCCCAAAUGAUUUCGCAAGAAGACACUUACAUGAUCGUUCGACCCAGCACCUUCUCAUUCAGUGUCACAGGCGAAGACUGUGACAUUUUGCAAGAUGCACUGGAGAGAUACGCUGACAUUAUGUUCAGGUUUCCAUCAUCUAAGGUUAAAAACAGCAAUGUUCGGAGGAAGGAAGAUAACUUCAAUGGUUACUUGGAUACUGUUAGCAUCAACCUCAUGGUGCCCUGCGAGAAAUACCCACAUGAAGCCAUGGAUGAACAAUACGAAAUCAAGAUCGACAGCCCAGACCAGCCAGGAAAAGGCGAAAUAUUGGCCCAGAGCAUCUGGGGUAUCCUUCGAGGUCUUGAGUCCUUCUCCCAACUCCUUGUUCCUGACAGACCAUCUGAUGAUGGAUCAGCCUAUCAGGUCAAAUCGACACAGAUCAGGGAUUUCCCCAGAUUCAGCUACAGAGGCUUCAUGCUGGACACUUCUCGCCACUACCUACCCAUGAGGAAGAUCUUGGAGCAUCUGGACUUGAUGGCGAUGAACAAGUUCAACGUGUUCCACUGGCACUUGGUGGACGACCAGAGCUUCCCAUAUGAGAGUACUGUGUUCCCAAACCUUAGCAAGGAAGGUGCUUACAGUCCCCUCCAUGUGUACAGCGAGAAGAAUAUAUCAUAUAUCGUGGAGUACGCAAGGCUGAGAGGAAUCAGGGUGUUGCCAGAAUUCGAUACACCAGGUCACACCAUGUCGUGGGGCCCUGGACAACCAGAUCUUCUAACACCUUGUUAUAAUGGCGGAAAACCGGACGGAACUUACGGGCCUAUCGAUCCCACGAACGAAGCGAAUUACGACUUCUUGAAGACGCUUUUCACCGAGAUCACAACGCGAUUCCCCGAUCACUACAUUCAUCUGGGAGGUGACGAGGUCAGCUUUUCGUGCUGGCAGAGUAACCCAAUCAUCUCUCAGUUCAUGAAGGCUCACAACAUCACGGGGGACUAUAAUAAACUGGAGGAGGUCUACAUUACUAAACUUAUCGAGCUUGUUGCCAACUUGCCGACGAAAAAUGGAUAUCUCGUGUGGCAGGAAGUUUUCGACAAUGGCGUCCAGAUAGCAAACGACACGGUCGUCCACGUCUGGAAAAGCGAGGGUGUUCCAGCAGGCUGGAAAAAGGAGUUGAAGAAGGUGACGCAGGCAGGUUACAAAACGAUACUUUCGUCAUGCUGGUACUUAAAUUACAUCAGUUACGGAGUCGAUUGGUACAAAUAUUAUGAGUGUGAUCCACAAGACUUCGAUGGCUCCGAAGCACAAAAACAGCUGAUCCUAGGCGGAGAGGCCUGCAUGUGGGCCGAAUACGUGGAUGGCACCAACCUGAUCCCUCGUACUUGGCCCAGGGCUUCAGUGGUUGCCGAAAAACUGUGGAGUUCUGCCGCCCAGACCAGCAGCUCGGCAGCUGCUUCUCCUAGGCUAGAAGAACACAGGUGUAGGCUCUUGGACAGAGGCUUCAGAGUAGAGCCUCUGUGGCCCUCUUUUUGUAUGUCAGAUGUUGCUUUGUAAUUUAUAUAAAUCAUGAAAAUCUGUUUUAUAUACAGAAGUCUGAGUGUUUGUAUAAGUUUUCUGUUCUUAGAUGCAGAGAAAUAAAUGACUUUUUAACAAUUUUUUUUUUAGUAGUUAUUGUCAUUCAAGAGUACAAGAUGUUUUUCUGAAGAUGAAAAAAUCAAUUUUCUACUUCAGGUUCCCUCAAGUAUUACUUAGUAGGUUCCCUUAAGAAUUACUUAUAAAAAAGGUGUUUUUAAUAUGCUGUCUAUUUCAGGAGCUCAGUAACCUGUUUAAUUUACAUCAUAUUAGUUUCACUUUAUGAACCACAGUGAUAAUAUUGAAGAUCAUAUUUGCAAUAUUGAAUUCUGGAACAUUAGCAACUAUAUGGUUGUUUGAAUCAAUUUUGGAAAUUGGAACUUUUUUUUCUGGUGAUGGAAUAAAGACUUAAAAUUAUCUUAAAUAA